GGAGACGCUCGCUCAAGGCCGUUUGAAGUGAUUUCUGUAUAAAUUUCAAGGUGAUUUGUUGGGUUAGCAAUUCUUGCAAGAUGGAAGAGGGGUUUGUGAAGGCAAAUUCGCUGAACUUGCCAUCUGUAGACAUGUUUACAGUCUCAGAUUUCUUAAGGAACAACGAGGAUUACGUAUCUGCUGAGUUCCGAAUGACAAAACUGGAAAGGUCUGCUCGUCCAGAGUAUGGGGACGAUGCUGUCGGCUAUGUUCAAGUAAAGAACACAGCUGAAGGUACUGUCGUGCGUGCGAAGGUCACACCGGAGCAUAGGCUUACCAAAGGUGGAUACCCUGUCCUGGUUGAGCUAGACCACAGGGUGGGUCACAUCAGGAAGGCAUCUUGUUUUGGUUGUCAGGCCCAACAUGGAGGAUGCAAACAUGUUGUGGCAUUCGUGUUUUGGCUUCACCGGAGAAGUUGUGAGAAGUCAACAACUGAUGUUAAGUGCUACUGGAAAAAGCCUAAACUCUCUGAGGUUCCAUCUUCAAAGCCUGUCAAGAUCCGAGACAUGCUGGGGAAGGCAGCAGCAUCCAAGUCACGUGGUAUGAAGAGGAGCCUGUUAUCUGCAAUGCUGGAGAGAGUGAAGACAAUGGAAAAGAAACCUAGGGCUGUGAUUUGUGACAUGCAGCAUGAUGACACUGACCUUCGUCAUCUAUACAUGGACAGGUUAGUAGCUGACUGGGAUGGGUGUGGAGAUGUGUUAAGUUAUUUACGUCACAAGAUCAAGGCCAGUAGCAUCACAGCGCUGGAGAAAGAAACCCGUCAUCAAGCAGAUGAUGCUUUGUGGCAUCAUGUUCGGGCUGGCCGUAUAACUGCUUCACGUUUAUAUGCAGCAGCAGUCUGCAAGAAGAGUGAUGGCACUUUGGUUGAAAACAUAAUGGGAGGUACAGUCUUCAAAGCUUCUGAGCAGAUGCAGAGAGGAGUGGCAUUAGAAGCAGAGGUUCGGUCCGUCAUGGAGAAGAUCCUCAAAAGUAAAAUCAUGCCAUGUGGUAUCACCGUGGAUGCUGAGCUCCCUGUUUUGGCAGCAAGCCCCGACGGUGUAUGCAGUGUGGACGGUGAGCAGGUUGUGCUGGAGGUGAAGUGUCCAUCAUCACAGAGGACAGUGGCUCUCUACCAUGACGAGAACAUGACCAUAAGACCCAAGGUCCGGACUCCGGGCACAACUGCAGCUGCAGAUGAAGGUCAUGAACACCGGGAAGGGCAUUCUGUGCGUUGCAGACCCAGAGUUUGAGGCUAAUGGAAAGGUGACUGCCAUCGAAGACUACUACGAUCCUUCCUUCAUCGACCCAAUUGUGCAAGAUGCCCUCAGAUUUUGGCACACAGCAAUCUUGCCCCUGCUGAGGGAUCCAGACAACAGGUACACCAUCCCAGCGGCAGCAACGCAAAGGAAAGUGGUAGCGCCGGCAGCCUCUGUGGCGUCUAGCUCCGGAGCUGCGCGGGCCGUAGCGCCAGCGGCAAACCCCGGCACCGGAGCCGGGCGAGGGGCGGCCUCGAGUGAUGGAGUGAUGGUCGUCUCGCGCGCGGGGGUACCAGCGGCGCGCGCAGCCGGGCGAGGGACGGCCUCGGGUGAUGGAGUGAUGGUCGUCUCGCGCGCGGGUGUGCCAGCGGCGCGCGCGGUGGCGGUGGUGCCAGCGGUGCGGGCGGGGGUGCCACCGGCGCGCGCGGUAGCGCCAGCGGCAGGUUCCGGAGCGGGGCGAGGGACGGCCUCGAGUGAUGGAGUGAUGGUCGUCUCGCGCGCGGGUGUGCCAGCGGCGCGCGCGGUAGCGCCAGCGGCAGGCUCCGGAGCCGGGCGAGGAACGGCCUCGAGUGAUGGAGUGAUGGUCGUCUCGCGCGCGGGUGUGCCAGCGGCGCGCGCAGUAGCGCCAGCGGCAGGCUCCAGUUCCGGAGCCGGGCGAGGUGAUGGAGUGAUGUUCGUCUCGCGCGCGGGGAUGCCAGCGGCGCGCGCACUAGCGCCAGCGGCAGGCUCCGUUUCCGGAUCGGGGCGAGGGACGGCCUCGAGUGAUGGAGUGAUGGUCGUCUCGCGCGCGGGUGUGCCAGCGGCGCACGCGGUAGCGCCAGCGGCAGGCUCCGGAGCCGGGCGAGGAACGGCCUCGAGUGAUGGAGUGAUGGUCGUCUCGCGCGCGGGUGUGCCAGCGGCGCGCGCAGUAGCGCCAGCGGCAGGCUCCAGUUCCGGAGCCGGGCGAGGUGAUGGAGUGAUGUUCGUCUCGCGCGCGGGGAUGCCAGCGGCGCGCGCACUAGCGCCAGCGGCAGGCUCCGUUUCCGGAGCGGGGCGAGGGACGGCCUCGAGUGAUGGAGUGAUGGUUGUCUCGCGCGCGAGGGUACCAGUGUCAGGGCCCGGUAGAAAAAUCGUGCUGCGCGUGCUUACGCCUUCGGACCUGGUUUCGGGGCCGGGCGCGUUGCAGCGGCGCCAGACGUGAGCCUGCCAGGUUUUGGCGCAGUGCGUGCGUGUGCACUUCUGAGUUACUAUUGUCUGUCAAAGCAUUGUCAGUAUUUGAUGGUUUUACCGUUUGUAGUUUGUACCGACUGUGAGGUGUGUUCGCUCUCAUCUUUAUCACUUGAACUGUCAAUACACAAUACUGCUCAG